CCCCAGUAGUCUGACACAUGAAGCCAUGAAGCACCCAUAUCGAUAGCCUCUCAUCUCGAAUCCAAUGGCAGGUCGACGGCUCGUUGACGCUGCGAAACUAUUCAAUGCGUCCAAAUCCAUCGCACAGAAGCACAUCGCGCUUCGGUCGCAGCAGCUCGAUGCUUACAAUAGGUCCUCAAGCUUAGCGAAAGCCGUCAAGAACCAGACAGAUCGCGUGACCCUCACGGCCGCCGCCGCCAUUGCCCUCUCGAAACGGUUCAGCGAAGAAGCACCAGUGUAUGCGAGAGCCGCGACCGAACGAGCAACAGGCACACACCACGAGGAUGCACAUAUUCCCAGCACAGACACAGUCAAGGGCGAUGCGCCAGAAGGGAUAACGAAGGAGGGCUUGGAACAGGAUCAUCACUAUGAUCGAUCGGGUCAGAACACCGUCACCAAUCCGCCACCCGAGGAAGAGCUGCACAUCACACAGGAGGAGGCCCCACGCCAACCACUGCCAGAUGGAACAAUACCAACUUCGGAGGCCACCCUGGGCGAUGAGACAAGAGGACAAGAUACGUUUUCUAAGCGACCUAUUCCUGAGGCGCCAAUAGAACCAUUGGUGGAGGAUAAUGGGCAGAGCGAAGGCGACGCUGAGGGCAUCAGGCCGAUAGAAUCUACCGAGUCCACAAUACCUGUACCAGGGAAACUCAGUGGAGCUUCUGCUCAACACGUGGAUACUAUUCUAUCUCAUGCCAACGAUCUCCAACAACCUCCUAUAUCCUCGCAAGUACGGAAACUGCAAGAUGGUCAUGACAAGGAUGUCUUCUACACCAGAUCUGUUGAAUCACAACAAGUCCCUUAUACUCAGACUGGCUCGCAGAUACCUGAGCACACAGGAGACAGGCAGCAAAGCGAUACUCGUGAACGUCUGAAUCAGGACGUGUACUACUCCGUCCCCAAGCCCGAUCAGGAACAAACACCAAAGGGUGAACUCUCUGGUCAACCCGCUGUGCCUGAAAAGGACGAGAUACCAGAAGGAAUCAACACGGAUGUGUUCCAUUCAAAACGCGUAGCAAGAAUGCUUGGAAGAGAUCGUUAUUCGCGCAAAGAACACUUGGAGAUGAAGGGCGCCAACAGAGCUCCAUUUGAUCGUACUGGUACUCAGACAAGUGAUACUUCCAAAGUUCGCGCAAGAGAGCAGACUGGACCUUUGAAGCCAGAACAAUCUGUUCAAGAUGCUCGUCCUGUUACUACCGAGAAAGAGAUGCAAGAUCUCGCAUCUGAGCUAGCCAAGGACGUUCAGUCUAACGUCGUCGCAUCUGAAAUACCCAGCGAGAUGAGCACAGUGCCAGAAACAACUCCGUAUGCGCUACGAGAGUCUAGGGUCCCAUCAUCACGGUUUGGACGCCUGUGGCAAUAUGCUGGUCUUGGUACUAGUAUGGCACUAGGUGCUGUAGGCGAGGGACUUCGUCGCGUCACUGGCGGUGCCGCAGCGACCACCGGCUCGUUAAUGCUCAGUCCUGGGAACAUUGAGGUAUUGGUGGCCAAACUCUCCCGAAUGCGAGGCGCUGCCCUCAAGCUUGGGCAGAUGAUUAGUCUUCAAGACAUGAAGAUGCUACCACCUGCAAUUCACGAAGUAAUGCAGCGAGUGCAGGACAGCGCAGACUAUAUGCCUGCGUCUCAGCGCGACAAAGUGCUUUCCAACAACCUUGGUUCAGGCUGGCGUGAUCUCUUCGAAUCGUUCGAAGACGUCCCUAUCGCAGCAGCAUCAAUCGGCCAAGUCCACAAAGCAGUUCUGAAAUCAACCGGACAAUCAGUAGCCGUCAAGGUUCAGUACCCCGGCGUUGCCAGUUCCAUAAACUCUGACCUAACAAAUCUGUCUCUCCUCCUGACCGCAUCGCGCCUUCUUCCCAAAGGGUUGUUUCUAGACAAAACAAUCGCCAACGCCCGCACAGAACUUGGCUGGGAGUGUGACUACACGCGCGAAGCCUCAUGCCAGACCCGCUUCCGCGACCUCCUCGCCGACGACACAGACGCUUUCACCGUACCAAAAGUCUUCCCCGAAGCCAGCGGGCGCGAAGUCCUCACCGCCGAACUCAUGGGCGGCGUCGGUGUCACAAAAUUGAAGAACCUGACACAAGAGCAACGUGAUUGGAUCGGCACACAGAUCCUGCGCCUGUGUCUACGAGAGAUUGUAGAGUUCAAGUUCAUGCAAACAGACCCCAACUGGACAAAUUUCCUGUACAAUCCCGUGAAACAGAAGAUCGAACUACUAGACUUCGGCGCGUCGAGAGAUUAUCCGGAUAAAUUCGUGGAGCCAUAUGUCAAGGUGCUGAUCGCGGCAUCGAAGGGCGACACAGAAUCUAUACGCACUCUAUCCCUUGAACUCGGUUACCUGACUGGCGAUGAAUCGCCCGCCAUGCUCGACGCGCACACGCAAUCUGUACUGACGCUCGCGGAGCCGUUCAAGAGCGAGGGGCCAGCGGUGUACGAUUUCAGGGACCAGACGAUUACGGAUCGAGUGAGGAGUUUCAUUCCGGUCAUGGUCAAGGAGCGAUUGGCGCCGCCGCCCGAGGAAACGUAUAGUUUGCAUCGGAAGUUGAGCGGAGCGUUUCUGCUGUGCGCGAGACUGGGCUCACGGGUGCCGUGUCGGAAGCUGUUUGCGGAUGCAGUGCGGACGUGGGAAGGCAAGGGGAAGAUGGUCUGAGUCGGCUGAGCUGGGCAAAGGACAUGGAUGGUGAGUGAUGUGUAACAUAUCAAGGUGUAUGUAUAUUACUGUAUACUUGUAUCCAUCUAUAUUCUAUCCCAGCGGAGCUCUCUCGCUGCGCUUCAAAGUGUACCAUCUUCUUUGCUCGCGCUUUGAAAAGUACGCGAUGCCCGCAGUACAUACAUCGUAUUGUCUCGUCGCGUCGGAGCUGCAGUCGCGUGUCGCGAUACCCGCAGAUGUAUUCUGCAUGCCUUACUUGAGCCAUAGCCGGAUAUUAUGCACGUGGUGGGUCAGGGAAUUUUAACAGCUUGUCAUUGGGUUG